AUCUGUGUUGGGAUGAUCUUUUCGUUUGCUAUAAUGCCUUCCUCAAAUUGGUGUUCCUCUACCUAGAACAGCAAACCUUAUGCGAAGAGAAUGAAUUGACUAAAUCGAGUGGCUUAAUGGUCAAAUCUGGUAAACUGGCAAGUAACUUGUUUGUGGUUUACUGCGUUGUUCCUGAUGGCACCCCCCACCAAAGCUGCAUCCAAAAAGACUGAUGCCAAGGCUCAAGCUGUUAAGACCGCGAAGGCAGUGAAGUCAGGGGCUUCAUCUAUUAAGAAAAAAACCAAAAAGAUUCGAACUUCUGUGACUUUUCACCGUCCAAAGACACAGAAGAAGCCUGGGGAGCCAAAGUAUCCCAGAAUCAGCGCUCCUCCCAGAAACAAACUAGACCAUUAUCAAAUCCUCAAGUAUCCGCUAACAACAGAAUCCGCCAUGAAGAAGAUUGAAGACAACAACACUCUUGUCUUCAUUGUUGACAUUCGAGCAGACAAGAAGAAGAUCAAGGCUGCUGUCAAGAAGAUGUAUGACAUUCAGACAAAGAAAGUUAACACUCUGAUCAGGCCUGAUGGGACGAAGAAAGCUUAUGUGAGGCUGACUCCGGAUUACGAUGCCCUUGAUGUUGCGAACAAAAUUGGUAUAAUCUGAAGUUAUCUGUGGAAGGUCUUAUUUUGUUGCUGAACUAGUUUCGUUUAGCUUUAUUCGAAGGUGAACAGAUUUGAGAAUUUUGUGUAUUUUUCUAGUUUUCAGUUUGUAUUAAGCUUCUUGUGCUUACUGUUGAACAAGUUGGCUUAGUGUAGACUUGAUUACGAUGUCUUGUUUGGAAAUGGCUUAUUCCUUUGUUGAACUAAUGUUUCAUCUAUGCUCCUCAAUCAUAAUCGUUUUUCCAA